CAGCAAACACAACAACAACUCUACCUAAACCACAUGAUCAGUGCUAAUUAGUAACCACGAGAUUCUCAAAAAAGCAUCCUCACAGCACUGAUCCACGGUAAAGAAAGCUUUGAUCAGUGUAAGGAUGUUGUCAGACGGUCAAUAACGCGUGUGAGUGACUGAAUGAUUGAUUGAUGUGUCCUGCUGGUCUCCUCCCCUCAGACUCGCGCAUCAUCCAGCGCGUCUCCAGAGCGCGUCUCCAGUCCGCAUCCGAGCGUCAUUCAGCGCAGCGUCUCGGGCAUUCGUUCUGUGGGAAUAUACGGUCACUCGUUGUUUCACCGCGCCACUGUUGCUUUUUCUGCUCCGGCUCUGCGCGUCUCCAGACUCCGGGUUUUUUUCGGGGGUCGUUAAAUCUGGAGGUGAGGACCCGGGGAUGAGCUUCGGCAUGGCGGGCUGCGGGUUCGGUUGGGCGGUGAUGCUGCUCGCGCUCUGGAGGCCCGCGACCGCUUGUCCGGAGCUCUGCACGUGCAUGGGUUUGCGGAUCUCCUGCGUGGACGCGGAGCGCAGUAUUAUGGCUUUCCCCAAGCUGGAGUCCGAGGCGGACAUGGAGAACGUCACUGACAUAUACAUUGCAAAUCAAAGCAGUUUCACGUCCAUUAAUGAAAGAGAUCUCGAAUUUUACCGCAGCCUCAGAAACCUAACCAUCAUAAACACCAAGCUGGCGUAUAUUGCCAGGCUGGCCUUCCAGAGCAACCCGAAACUACAAUAUCUGAAUCUCAAGGAGAACAAUCUGUCCAAACUAUCCUGGAGGACGUUUCGUCAUUUAAACAUCUCAUAUCUGCUGUUGGCUGGCAAUCCUCUGCAGUGCUCGUGCGACAACAUGUGGCUGAAGCAGUGGCGGGUGGAGGAGGCAGAAGAGCUGCUGUGUAUGGAGGAGGGAGGAAAGUGGAGAGCGCUGGCGACACUAAAGCUGCCCGACUGCGUUCUCCCCACUGUGACUCUCACGCCCACAAACGUGACCAUAAAGAAAGGGUUAAAUGUGACACUGACCUGCAACACCUCAGGAAUGCCCACUCCAAAUCUCACCUGGACCACCUGCAAGCUAAAUUCAGCGAUCAAGGAGGAAGGCUCGGGUCAGAUAUCAAGGUCGCAGCUCAAACUGACGAACGUCUCCUCCCUGGACAACAAAUGCAAAAUCACCUGCAGAUCGGAUAACAUGGUGGGAGAAUCCGAGGCAUCUGUGGAGCUGGACAUAUUGUUUCCACCUGUUAUCAGCAAGCUGACAGAUGCCAUCUCGGACCACCACUGGUGUAUUCCCUUCAGCGUGUCUGGCAACCCGAAGCCCAAACUCAGAUGGUUAUUAGACGAGCAACCCAUUCAAGAGGGCAAGUUCAUCCAUACCAUGAUCCACGAUUACUCGGAGGGCGAAUACCAUGGUUGCUUACAGCUGGACAGUCCUACGCACAUCAACAAUGGCAUAUACACGCUGCUGGCCAGAAAUCAAUUCGGAGAGGACAGCAAGGCCGUAUCCGCUCAUUUCAUGCAUGAGCCAUGGAACGUUUCCGAACCACUGUAUUAUGACGACACUCCACUUGGACCUCCCGAGGACAAAGUUGCUGUUUACGUGGUCGUGGGAAUCGCUGCCAUCACAUUCACAGGCUUCGUUUUGAUGCUCGUCAUUCUGAAGUUUGGCCGAAACUCGAAGUUCGGCAUCAAAGGUCCGUCCUCUGUGAUCAGCAAUGACGAUGACUCUGCCAGUCCUCUUCAUCACGUGUCCAACGGCUCCAACACUCCCUCGUCCUCCGACAUGAACGCAGACGCUGUGAUCAUCGGCAUGACCAAGAUUCCUGUGAUCGAGAACCCGCAGUAUUUCCGCAGCACCAGCAGUCUGCUCAAGUCUGAUACCUUUGUUCAGCAUAUUAAAAGGCACAACAUUGUGCUGAAGAGGGAACUUGGAGAAGGAGCGUUUGGGAAAGUGUUCCUGGCUGAAUGCUACAAUCUGUCUUCAGACCAGGAGAAGAUCUUAGUGGCUGUCAAGACUUUGAAAGAGGCUAGUGAGAACGCCAGGAAGGACUUCCACCGCGAGGCCGAGUUGUUGACCAAUCUGCAGCACGAGCACAUUGUCACGUUCUACGGUGUUUGCGUGGAGAGCGAUCCUCUCAUUAUGGUGUUUGAGUACAUGAUGCACGGCGACCUCAACAAGUUCCUCAGGGCUCAUGGUCCUGAUGCGGUUCUGAUGGCUGACGGACAGAUCCAGCAGCAGGCAGAGCUCACUCAGUCUCAGAUGCUGCACAUCGCGCAGCAGAUCGCCGCAGGCAUGGUCUAUCUGGCCUCCCAGCACUUUGUGCACAGAGACCUGGCCACACGAAACUGUCUAGUCGGGGAGAAUCUCUUGGUUAAGAUUGGAGACUUUGGGAUGUCCCGAGAUGUCUACAGUACUGACUACUAUCGGGUUGGAGGUCACACCAUGCUGCCAAUCCGCUGGAUGCCUCCAGAAAGUAUCAUGUACCGGAAGUUCACAACAGAGAGCGAUGUCUGGAGUCUGGGAGUGGUGCUGUGGGAGAUCUUUACCUAUGGAAAACAGCCCUGGUACCAACUGUCAAAUAACGAGGUGAUUGAGUGUAUCACCCAAGGUCGCGUACUGCAGCGACCCCGGACCUGUCCCAAGGAGGUGUAUGACUUGAUGCUGGGAUGUUGGCAGAGAGAGCCGCACACCCGACUCAAUAUUAAAGAGAUCCAUAACCUACUUCUCAACUUAGCGAAGGCAUCACCAGUCUACCUGGACAUCCUGGGAUAAACAUAUGGAACGUGUGGGACGUGUAUUCCUGAAACUCCGACCCCCUCCUCCUCUAUCCCACCUAAAAUCUUUUUCUUCUACAGCUUUAACAGCUCCUCUACUGUCCUGCUCCUCUUCUAAAUGUAAACAUCUAGAUACACUGGCAGGGAUUCGUGUCCGUGUACGCUGACUAUGAUUGAUGUAUUUCUGAACAUCGAAUUGAAAGAAGUGAUUACUGUUUAGUUUACCAAGAACAAAAUCCCCAAUGGCUGACCAUCCUAAACGUCUGGACCAAGUUCACAGCUGGAUAUUCAAGCUCAGUGAAGGACAUCGAUCUUAACAACAAAUAGGAAACAGCAGAUUCACGAAAAACGACCAAAAACGACUAUGAGGAGGAAAAUAACUACUUUUCUGGACAGAUUUGGUCCUGUCAUCUGAUACAAAGCACAGAACAUGAAGCUAGCAUGGUGAUCAACAGUGACAAACUGCAGCUAUAUCUAUACGUAUACAUGAUAUGUGUAUAUAGAACUGGACAUCAUGUAGUUUUACAGUUGAGCGACUCUAAUUAAAAGCUUCUGGAAGCUGACGGGAUGUUAUUGCUGCCGAGCUUAUCUGAAAUGGCAAAGUAACCCACUAAAAUGUCUCAAGAACACGUGUUAUUUAUAGUGGGACAUGUCCCACCACUUUUGCCAUUUCCUUUGAUUUUGUCCCACUACUGAAACAAUAGGCAAUAGGGUUUUUCCAGAGACAUUAAUGCAUCUCCAGUUGUUGAGUUUGAGUAGUGAUAUGGUGGUGGAAUAAGGGUGUGUUUACAUGACACUGUAAAUGGAGAAACUUUAAAGUUUUAAAUAAUUUGUUGAGAGCCCGGGUGAAACUGCCAAAUUCACAUGACUUUAGAUAUGGACACGAUCUUUCUAAACUCGUUCAUUGAAAUCACUCCCCAGUGGAGAUUCACUGAAUAAACAUUUACAGUUUUUUUCCUCAUCUCAAAUUAGUUUCCAACUUCAACUUCAUCCUCAUUAUUUAUAUAGUACAUUCAAAGUGCUUCACAUAAGACGUAGAAAUGUAAAAUAUUCACAAUUUGGUGCCGACACGGUGGCGCAGUGGUUAGCACUGUUGCGUCACAGCAAGAAGGACAGAGACUGCAGGUUGAGCACCCCCUGCUGGCCUCACUAACACCACUUCCAGCAGCAACCUAGCGUUUCCAUGUGGUCUCCCAUCCAGGUGCAGCCCUGCUUAGCUUUAAUGGGCAACCAUGUGAGAGUUGCAGAGAGCUAGCUGCCGGCACAAAUAAAAAUGCCAGGGCGAAGAUAUUUUGAAAAUGUGACAGCUGCCGGGUAUAUGCUGAGAUGAAAGCGCAUAAAUUACAAUGGAAACACAUUUACCGAAUAAAUUCCAACAUGCGUAUCAAAAAAGUCAUGUGAUUUUGCCUAAACAGAUCAUGUAAUAGCAAAAUGGGUGCAAUGGGGCCGCAUUAAUGGACAAAUCAGCAGACUAAUCCAGCCUGAUUUCUCAAGGAAACGUAACUAAUUUACGUUUUGUCAGUUUAGUAGCUAAUACAAAAGAAUUCGAGUUCAGUUGUAUGAAAAUGUACGAUUUUUAAAACAGAGGCAUAGCACCAAACCCCAUGCCUAAAACCAACCAUCAUUAGGGGGUAAGGACAUCAUACUAAAUUGUACAAAUAAGAUUUUAUGAAUUUAUACGAAUUAGCCACUAAAUCAAAAGUUACGAAUUGCUGUGAGAUUGUGUUGGACUGACCACAAUGUAAAACAUCUGAAAUGUUAGUUUGAUCAUACUAAAGUCCCAUUCAAUCUGAAUUGUAUGAAUGAGAUCCUACGAAUUUAUAGGAACUAGCCACUAAAUCAAAAGUUACAAAAUGUCGUCAGAUCGUGUCAGACUGACCAAAUUGCAAAACAUCUGAAAUCUUGUUUUGGUCAUUCUGGAGUCUUAUAGUUCUAAAUUGUAUGAAUGUGACUGUACGAAUGUAUACAAAUUAGCCACUAAGUCAAAAGUUACGAAUAGCUGUCAGAUCGUGUUGGACUGACCACAUUGUAAAACAUCUGAAAUGUUGUUUUGGUCAUUCUAAAGUCCUAUUCAUUCUAAAUUGUAUGAAUGUGAUCGAAUGAAUGUGAUUGUACGAAUGUAUUCGAAUUAGCCACUAAAUCAAAAGUUACGAAUUACAGUGAGAUUGUGUUGGACUGACCACAUUGUAAAACAUCUGAAAUGUUAGUUUGAUCAUACUAAAGUCCCAUUCGUUUUAAAUUGUAUGAAAGAGAUCUUACGAAUUUAUAUGAAUUAGCCACUAAAUCAAAAGUUACGAACUGCCGUCAGAUCGUGUUGGACUGACCACAUUGUAAAACAUCUGAAAUGUUGUUUUGGUCAUUCUAAAGUCCUAUUCAUUCUAAAUUGUAUGAUAAUGUGAUCGAAUGAAUGUGAUUGUACGAAUAUAUUCGAAUUAGCCACUAAAUCAAAAGUUACGAAUUACAGUGAGAUUGUGUUGGACUGACCACAUUGUAAAACAUCUGAAAUGUUAGUUUGAUCAUACUAAAGUCCCAUUCGUUUUAAAUUGUAGAAUGAGAUCUUACGAAUUUAUACGAAUUAGCCACCAAAUCAAAAGUUACGAAUUGCCAUCAGAUCGUGUUGGACUGACCACAUUGUAAAACAUCUGAAAUGUUAGUUUGAUCAUACUAAAGUCCCAUUCGUUUUAAAUUGUAUGAAAGAGAUCUUACGAAUUUAUACGAAUUAGCCACUAAAUCAAAAGUUACGAACUGCCGUCAGAUCGUGUUGGACUGACCACAUUGUAAAACAUCUGAAAUGUUGUUUUGGUCAUUCUAAAGUCCUAUUCAUUCUAAAUUGUAUGAUAAUGUGAUCGAAUGAAUGUGAUUGUACGAAUAUAUUCGAAUUAGCCACUAAAUCAAAAGUUACGAAUUACAGUGAGAUUGUGUUGGACUGACCACAUUGUAAAACAUCUGAAAUGUUAGUUUGAUCAUACUAAAGUCCCAUUCGUUUUAAAUUGUAGAAUGAGAUCUUACGAAUUUAUACGAAUUAGCCACCAAAUCAAAAGUUACGAAUUGCCAUCAGAUCGUGUUGGACUGACCAUAUUGUAAAACAUCUGAAAGGUUGUUUUGGUCAUUCUAAAGUCCCUCAGCCAAAGUCUGUCAUCUCAGUAGUUCAGUAUUACUUUUGUUGUAAUUUGUUGUCAAUUUUAUUCGCAAAUAUUUUAUGCGCUAUUCCAGUUUUGCGCGCAAGUUUAAUCUGCAUCUUUGGAUGAAAGCAUAGCUAGCGUCCCAUGUGCGGAAAACUGUUCCUACAAAACAUCUGUCAUGUAAACACACCCUUAGAUGUUAAGUAUGACAUUUGGACAUCUCAUUGUUCACAUCUGAGUUUUGAGCAGACAUGUUUAUCAGAUCAUCUUUAAAUUAUUUAAACGAUGCAUAUUCAUAAGCUACGCCUUAGCCUUUUUGUGAUGUCGCAACCAGCAUGUUUGUUUCCCGCCACUAAAUAAACAGCCACAAUUCUCAAGUCUCCAAAACAACACGCACUACGGAGGGCUUGAUAGAGGAGUCAUUCGAGACGAUGUCUUAAUACCAUCAGCUUGCAUUUCUUACAGGAGCUUAAUUACGCAAAGUGGCCGAUUAUGAUGGCGCUGGCUAAAUUACGACCUCUCUCUCGCUCUCUCUCUCUCUCCUUCGCCAUGUUUUACUACUGAGUCGAAGCACUAAUGUAGUACUCAAGCUUCGGGUUGUACAACUGCUACAGUGUAAUAUAUAUUUCAUUACAGGACAAAUGUCUCCUAUUAGCAGCAACUCCCCGUGGACUCAUACAUGCUAUCAGUGGGGAGAAAAAGGAGCGAACAGGAUGAAGAGAACGAGACAAGGACAGGAAAAUACUGUUAGAGAGUGAUUAAUAAUGUAAUAAAUAAGAAAACCCACAUUUCUUCCCUUUAUCGUACACUAAAAAUGAUUAUAUCUAUUUAUCACUAUAGAGAUCCUAUCCAACUGGGGACUUCAGUCGAACAAAAAGCCUCCAAAUCAUUUAUAUUGUGGUUUUGGUGGACAUUCGUUUAUUUAUUUGUGGAAUAAUCUUGAAGAAUAACUGAAUUGUUUUUAUUUAUUUUCUACUUGAGCACUUUUGCAUUUGAUUUUUGCCUGUAAAUUAUGUACAAUUCUUUUUUUUAUGUUCGAGAAUGAAUGUAGGGGUGAUUUCUAGAUCAUGGGACGUAUCGAUAAACAAAAAUGACGAUGUAAGAUUACAUAUUUUGAGUAAACGGUGAGAAAGCUUUAGGGUAACUGUCCAUAUUAUAAAAAUAAUGAAGGCUUUUUUUGGAUUGUGGCACUAUUUCAUGACUAUUAGGAACAAUUUGACCUCAAAUCCUUAUUAUUUUAUGGAUCUAAACAGUCAUUCUAAUACAGGUUCACUGUUGAAGAGCGUUUUUCUUUUAAAUAUGCGUCAUAAGAGAGCAAAACAAACAAAAACGAAUACUUUUUAACAGAGAUGCCAUUACUUUUUUCCUGCAUUAAUAACAACGCCUUUUUAUUACAAUAUUGGGUUGCGGCUGGAAGGGCAUCCGCUGCAUAAAACGGAAUGCAGAAUAGUUGGUGGUUCAUUCCACUGUGGCGACCCCUGAUAAAUAAGGGACUCAGCCGAAGAAAAAAGAAUGAAUGAACGAGUUGAAAUCUGUUUAGUUGUCAUGAAUCAAUACCACAAUCCAAUCCAAACAGAAAAAAAAUUUGUUGAGAUACUAUAAUUUUUCAGUGGUUUAAAUGAAUAUUGCCUCACGCAAAAAACAUCCACACAAACUGUGACUGCAUAUCAUAAUAUCUUCUUCGACAUGUACAGAUGUACUUUCUGAUGUUUCACGAUGUCUACAAGCUAAAUGGCUUCCCCAAUUAAACCACAUGACAAGUGUUAACCUGGUUAUAUUUCAUUUCUUUUACAGUUAAACAGGUGACUUUUACCAUCUUUGAAUCAAUUCAGGGUUUGGCAGGAGGAUUUUUGGCUAAGCAUAAAUAGUUGAAUCUGAUUAGACCAUUAGCAUCUCGCUAAAUAAUUUACCAAAGAGAUAAUUUUUGAUAAUUUUCCUUUUGGAAGCUUCUGUAGGUACGUCGCAGACUAAUGCUGUAUUCACACCAGACAUGGCAUGCACAAAUAAAUUGCGCUAUUCACCCGUAAAUAUUUGCGUGAACAUUUUGAGUUCGUUUACGUGUAAAUUUGCUUCAUUCGCACCUCAAAUUCACUUCACAAUAGACACUGAUUCGCAUCAUGGGCAGGACUUCUGUUUGCCCGGUGGCUUUAGCUUCAUUACUAAAUGGUUAACAUGGAUUUUAUUGAGAGAGUAGUUGUGCUUUAUGUGUUUUAUGAAGGUUGAAAAACAGUGUAAAUUUGUUUGGUCUACUAGAUCCUUUCAGAGAUGCAUCCAGCUCUGUGAGUUCUUAAACUCCUCCUGAAACAGAAACUCCUCCAAUGUGAUGAGCUGUUGUCCGGUGUCGGUAGGACGAUUUACCCUCGGGACACAAACAACAGGUGCUAUGUCAUAAUCAUGGCCCUACAAGAGCCAGCUCAUGAUUGGUUAAUGCGAUGCGAAUGUCCGCUGAAGUUCAGAUUUACUCUAGAUUAACUCUAGCGAUUUGCGCAAUUCACAAGUUAAGUGCGUCUAACGCACAAAUGCUCAACUCCAGCAGCUUCAUUCAGGCAAAUCGCAUUAUUCACACCUAUCACGCUAUUCGCGCCAAACGCGUCUUUCGCAGCACCUCAUUUGCACCAAUUGUGUCAUUUGCGAUGACUCAGUUGCACAAAUCGCAGCAUUCGCGCCACUUCACUCGCACUAAUCAUGUCAUUCAUGCCGUCUCAUUCGCACAAAUUAUGUCAUUCACGCGCAUCAUUAGCAUAAAUCGAUUUAAUCGCGCCACCUCAUUUGCACCAAUCGUGUCAUUCGCAACGACUCAUUUGCACAAAUGGCGGCAUUCAUGCCGCCCUAUUCGCACCAAUAAUGUCAUUCACGCUGCCUCAUUCGCAUGGCCUCAUUAGCACCAAUCGUGUCAUUCGCGCGGCCUCAUUAGCACCAAUUGCGUCAUUCGCGCCACCUUAUUUGCACCAAUUGUGUCAUUCGCGACAACUCAUUUGCACCAAUUUCGUCGUUCGCGCCGCCUCAUUUGCACCAAUCGCGUCAUUCGCGAUGACUCAUUUGCACAAAUCGCGGCAUUCGCGAUGCCUCAUUCGCACCAAUCAUGUCAUUCGCGCCACCUCAUUUGCACCAAUCGUGUCAUUCGCGACGACUCAUUUGCACAAAUCGCGGCAUUCGCGCUGCCUCAUUCCACCAAUCGUGUCAUUCGCGCCACCUCAUUUGCACCAAUCGUGUCAUUCACGCCGCCUCAUUCGCACCAAUCCUGUCAUUCGCACCGCCUCAUGCGCACUAAUUGUGUCAUACGGGCUGCCUCAUUCGCACAAAUCGCAUCAUUUGCGCCGCCUCUUUAGCACAAAUCGCGUCCUUCGCGCCACCUCAUUAGCACAAAUCGAUUUAUUCACGCCACCUCAUUUGCACUAAUCGUGUCAUUCAAAACGACUCAUUUGCACAAAUCGUGGCAUUCAUGCCGCCUUAUUCGCACCAAUCAUGUCAUCCACGCUGCCUCAUUCGUGUCAUUCAUGCGGCCUCAUUAGCACCAAUCGUGUAAUUCGUGACAACUCAUUUGCACCAAUCGUGUCAUUCGCGCCGCCUCAUUUGCACCAAUCGUGUCAUUCUCACCGCCUCAUUCGCACCAAUCGUGUCAUUCGCGCUGCCUCAUCUGCACCAAUUGUGUCAUUUGUGCUGCCUCAUUCGCACAAAUCGCGUAAUUCACACCGCCUCAUUAGCACAAAUCGCGUCAUUCGCGCCGCCUCAUUAGUGUCAUUCGUGCGGCCUCAUUAGCACAAAUCGCGUCAUUCGCACCGCCUUAUUAGAACAAAUCGCGUCGUUCGCGCCACCUCAUUUACACAAAUCGUAUAAUUCGCACAAAUCGUGCUGCAGGAUGCCUAUGCGCGUCUUUGCAUUGACUUAACACGUAAAUCACUCGCGUUUGACUCUUCAUUCGUGUCUGGUGUGAACACACCAUUAGACUGAUGGAAAAUGAAAAGUUGAUGUUUACAACAUGAUACGACAGUAAAGUCUCUUGAUUAUUACACCAGAAAGAAAGUUUAGUUCCUACCCAUAUUAGCCUAGAAAAUAUCAACUUUUUUCCAUCAGUCUUAGAGAGUUCUAGCUUAAAAUCAAAACACUGAUCAUUUUGCACGAGAUGUUAAUGUCUAAUCCGAUUCAAUGACCUAUGCUAAGCUAAGCUAAAACUUCUCCUGCCAGACACAGAGAUUGGCUGAAUGGAUUCAGAAAUGGUAAAACUCAACUGUAGUAAAAUUAGCAUAAUUUUUACGUCAUAAAUAAAGUGUUCCUUUAACAUACAGAGGAUUUCUGCAAAGUAUCAAGUAGUGUGUGAUGAUUUCAUCAAACUCAAUCAAAAAUCAAACACCCUUGUCUGUACUGUACAUGAUUUCUCUGAGCUAUAUGGAUCAGUCGAUCUGUCCGCCAUUGUAUUUAAUA